AUGUCCGUCGACGUGAAAGCACUCAGAAAUGCCCAAGCUAGUGGUCUUACUGUUGGAGUCAUCCCCAAAGGUGUCAAUAAACCUCUGAGACUGGAGAUCGACGACCUUCUUCAGGAUGUCGAACUCGCGAACCUCUAUUUUCUCGCUCUCGAGGCCUUCAUGAGCAAGAAGAUCUUUGAAAGUCCUUUUUCCUACUACGAGAUCUGCGGUAUUCAUGGUCAACCGUGGCGUGCAUGGGAUGGUGUCACAUCCGCAGAAUUUGGUUCGACUCGCGGCAACACCGAUCCACAGAGUGGCUACUGCUCGCACGGUUCUGUUGUCUUUCCAACAUGGCACCGUGUUUAUGUUGCCCAGUUUGAGUUCAACUUCCCGGCGGACAGCAAAGGCGGCUUUGACUGGUCGAUGUAUGAUCAAGUUCCUGCUGCCAGAGAUCACACUAUUCGGGGUCUCAACGCCGCCACCCAGUCGGCUAAUCACAGCUACGUAAUGCGGGCUUUUGAUAAUGUGUACAACCCUGUAAGCGGUCUUAGUAGCCAAGCACCUCAAGGCAUCUGGCACGUCAUGUUUGAGAGGCAGACUUGGCUUCAGAUGUCGAACCAUUGGGACCCCAGGACACGAGACCCCGCAUCGGUCGUCUACAAUGCCAACUCUCUUGAGGGUUUUCACGACAACAUUCACAACCAGCUGGCUACCGGUCCUCGGGACUCGAGUGGCCACAUGGGCAGUCCUGCUUUUGCCGGGUGA